AUGGAGGCAAUCAUUGGAGAAGACAAGAGUUUUGGUAAUGAUUUUCUAGGACUGCUUUUAGAGGCUCAUCACGCUUCGGAUGAUAAGCAGAAGAUUUCGAUUGAUGAGUUGGUUGAGGAAUGCAGGACUUUUUACUUUGCUGGACAAGAGACUACUAAUUCUGUCUUGGAUUAUCCUUCUUCUGGCACAGCACCACUAUUGGCAAGAGGAAGCAAGAAAAGAGGUGCUGCAGUUAUGAGUAUGAUUAUGAAUGAGACCCUAAGGUUAUAUCCUCCUGCUAUUUUGAGUUCAAGGAAGGUUGCAAGGGAAACUAGACUGGGAAAGCUCCUACUUCCGGCUAAUAUGAAGCUGAUUGUCCCACCUCUGGCACUUCAACAUGAUGCUCAGCUCUGGGGACAAGAUGUGGGUUUGUUCAAACCAGAGCGAUUCUCUGAAGGAGUUGCGAAAGCAACUAACGAUAACAUGGCUGCAUUCAUGGCCUUUGGAACGGGGCCUAGAAUGUGUGUGGGAUUCAACUUUGCAGCCAUUGAAAUAAAGACUGCUCUGUCAAUGAUUCUGCAACGCUACUCAUUUACCCUUUCUCCAGGUUAUGUCCACUCGCCUUAUCCGCUGAUUACCAUUUCGGCCACAACAUGGAGUUCAAGUAAUACUACACUCACUCUGAUCUGGUGA